CGCCAUGACAUAGACUCCGACUUCCUCCUGGCCCAUCACUCACUGCCCAGGCGCUCUCUUACACCCCCCCCGGAACGGACGUCGGAUGGGAUGCCCAGACAAACCAGGGGUGGCUCCUCCAAAGGCGAGGCACAGAGGGCCCGAGGGGAUCCCAACGUUCGAUGUCCAGCAUAUUCACAACCCAGCAUCUGGCGACGAGAUAUGCAAAGUGGUUCGAUUUCGAGAGAAAACACUUGAUUCUGUCACUCAAUUUAGACAAGUUUGUUUCCUCCCGUCGAACGGAAUACCUUGUCGAAUAUCCAAAGAAGGAUCUGCGUAGCUGCUUAAAGUGUUCUGGGACGACGUCUUGGGGAAAGUCGACAGACGGGAGAUGAUCUCUCUGGCGCCGAGCUAUCUCACAAGUCACAACUGUGUGCUCUGUACGAAGUGUGCCUCUGGAGGGCUGUACUGCACUCACUUCGAACACAAGUACCCGUACACGUUUUGUCACCGAGGCAGAUCCUGUAAUGGCCAAGAUCGGUUGCACAAUUCGUCUCUGUCCCAAACCCAGGCUGGGCGUGCAAAAGGCGACCCAGAGACACCGGAAUUCUGUUGCAACAAGAUACACGCCCCCUUCAUCCACCGAGCUGCCCAAGCCACUUGUUCCGGGCUCUCUGCUCUCUACACCCCCCUUCCAGUGUCGACACUCGACAGCAAGAACAACCCCCUUGGAUCCCCCUGCGACUCACAACUGGACGAGCACCGGAGCACAGGCAUCCUAAGCGUUUCCUGGCUGAGAAUCGAGUUGGAAUAUCAAUCACUGAUGAGCACCUUGCAUGAUAUACACCCAGUCUCGCGGCCCACAACCCGACCAGUCAAGUCCCCCUUGGUCCCUCGCUGCAAGCACCGACUCGACUCUAUUUUCUCUACCCUCCUUUCCGUAGGCGCUGGCUUUUCGUCCUCCAUCCAUUCAUUCCCAUUCCUUUCCUUUCCUCAAGCCCGGCUGCAAGUCUGGUCAUUCCAUCACUUUUAUUCUUGUCCACAUCACACUUGCUUCCCACAUCUGUUCCCAAAGUUGGAACUUGCGAAGCGAAGACAAACCGACCUCGAGACUGUCCUUUCUGACCCGCAACUCACACGCAAGCUUCCCACAGUCGAACGACCGUCCGAGGUUCCGACUCUAAUUAACGCACGAUUUUAAUCCGAGAGAGGACCCGCGCCGAACGACGCAGACUUAGGCAGUCUUGGUAUCUGGUCACCUCUGGUCACCUCUCCCUCGGCAAACACGCACACGCACACAGUCACAGUCUUCGUCGUCACAAGCAGGGCAGAUAAGAAAAGAGCACGGAUUCUUGGACUUGUUCUUGAAAUAGUAGGACUGAAAAGGAAAAGAGCCCAGACUUUGAUAAUACAGGACGGACUGGCUUCGGACACCCCUUUUGGCGCCUAGUCCGACUUACAUACAUAUUACUGCGGCCUUGUCCAUCCACCCACCACCUCCACAGGAACCAGGACACACAGCCAAAAAGGGCCAUCCCAUCCUCCCCCC